AUGACGGAAGAGUGCCGUUCAUUGAAACCCCUCGAAAACGAUGCCUACCAAGUGGUCACCGAAGUCGUCACCCACAAAAUCAACCACAUCCCCAUUUACAAAGUAUUUCUUUCCUAUUUCCUGCUUUAUAUAAUACUCUUUGAAAAAUUACGGUUCAAAUAGUACAAAAAUCAACAAAAACUAUUUACUGUGAAUCAAAGUUUGAAUAAAAUUGUAUGUAAUACGUUUCAAAACAUUUUUAAAUGAAUCGAAUGGCAUAUUGGAGUAUUAGUUUCAAAUUUUCCAAAAAAGAAAGUACUCGAUAGAAAUAAUAAAAAGAAAGUUUCCAGGGCGAUUUUGCCAGCCUUUCGCCAAAGGUUCAACGUUUCAUCGCCGAAAAGGCCGAGUUGAUGAAUCCUUCCGGUUGGUUUCUUUUUUCAUUUAAUCUUAAAACCCACCAAUUUGAGAAAAUAAUUAAUAAUAUUGAUAUUUAGUGCGAAAAUUUAGGAAUCUACAUCUGUGACGGUUCCCAGAAAGAGUUCGACACGAUCGUCGACAAACUCGUUGAACGUGGCGUCCUGACGCCAUUGAAGGCUUAUGAGAACUGGUGAGCUACCCGAAAAUUCACUUAUUGAUGCUCAAAUUUGAUUAAAACGCAGAAACAUUUUUCAAAGAGAACAGUUAGCCUUUGACAUUGAAAAGUUGCAAAACAAGCUUUUUAAACUUGAUAUUAUGGACUUUUCAUCAUUUGCCUAAGAUUUGAGAAGCAGUAUUCUCAUAAAAAAACUUGAGUUCGUUAUCUAUCUUCUUUAAAAAAAGUAUUUUAAAUUUUUAAAAAGGAAAAAUAAAAAAAUUGAAUGGAACAUUUGAGCGAUCGAAUGUCCGCUCCAUGGAUAAUCCAAAAAUUCCGGAAGUGAAAAGUUUUGAUAAAUUUUUCUUUUUUUCUUUCAUUAUUUUCCUUUUCUGCUUUUUUGAAUUAUUUACUCCAAUCAAGUUGCAAAAAAGGUUUGGACGCUUUGAAGAUACCAGAAACAGUAAACUAGCCAUUAUCUCUUUUUGAAAUUAUUAGCAAAAUUAAGAAAAAAAAAAACUGGAAACGUGAGGAUUGAACUUGUUGAGAAUUAUUAAGUCUGUUAAUGUUCUUUUUGGCUUUUAUUGAACUUUUUCCUUUCAGUUAUUUGUGCCGGACGGAUCCUCGAGAUGUCGCUCGUGUGGAAAGCAAGACCUGGAUGGUCACCAAGGACAAGUAUGACUCGGUAGACUUUCAAAAUCUUCAAAAAAGUUUUAAUUUACGAGAUUUUAGGUCUGUCACACUCCAGAAGGCGUCCGACCAAUUAUGGGCCAAUGGAUGAGCGAGGAACAGUUCGGGAAAGAAUUGGAUAACCGAUUUCCUGGCUGUAUGGCCGGUAAGAUUGUUGGAUUCCUGAAAGAAAAAUAUUGACUCCAUACUUUUUGAAGAAAUUUUGAACCAGUCCAUUUCAGGACGUCCCAUGUACGUUGUUCCUUUCUCAAUGGGACCGAUCGGAGGUCCAUUGUCGAAAAUUGGUAUCGAAUUGACCGAUUCUAGGUAAAUUUGAUGUAUUUUUGUGCAAUUACAUCGGGUUUCCAAAGUUUUGAAGGCACUAAAAAUGAAAAUUUUUGGUUUAAAAAUCCUUGAAACUCGCCACGGUUAAGAUACAGUUAUAAAUGUUAAAAUGGUUCAGCUACGUCGUUCUGUGCAUGAAAAUCAUGACGAGGAUGGGCGCCAAAGUCUUGGAAGCCUUGGGAGACCAAGAUUUCGUCCGUUGCAUUCAUUCGGUCGGCCUCCCACGACCAGUGCGACGUGAGUAUAGAGACGCAGAGAGGCAUCAUAUGCCGCCAGCGCCAUCUGCCUGCCGGCGCCCGGUUAGCUCAGUCGGUAGAGCACCAGACUCUUAAUCUGGCUGUCGCGGGUUCGAGCCCCGCAUCGGGCUGAUGCAAACUUUUUUUGUUUUUGUAGUUUUGCAAAAAAUUCCCUGACUGUUGACAAAUGUUACUUUCAUUUAUUUUUUUCAUUUCCUAUUUUUCUUUUUCAGAAAAAGUCAUCAAUCACUGGCCAUGUAAUCCGGAGAAGGUGAUGAUCGCUCAUAGGCCUAAGGAACGUGAAAUUUGGUCUUUUGGAUCAGGUUACGGUGGAAAUUCACUCCUAGGUAUUUUUUUGUAAUAAAUGACAAAAAUCAAUGAAAUAAUCUAGGAAAGAAGUGCUUUGCGCUCCGUAUCGCCUGCAACAUUGGCUACGACGAGGGAUGGCUCGCCGAGCAUAUGCUUGUGAAUCUUGAAUUUUCUUGUUUGAAAACAAUUUUUCUCUCUGAAAACUUAUAUCAUAACAAACAAUUUUUUUAACUCAUUGUCAGUUUCAUUUUUCAUUUUAAGAUCAUGGGAAUCACGAACCCAGAAGGCAAAGAACGAUUCGUCGCCGCCGCUUUUCCCUCAGCCUGCGGAAAAACCAACCUCGCCAUGCUGACCCCAACUGUACCCGGCUGGAAAAUUCGCGUCGUUGGUGAGCUCCAAAAACUGGAAAAAUAAGGAACACCUGUUCAGGUGACGACAUCGCUUGGAUGAAAUUCGGUGAAGACGGCCGUUUGUACGCCAUCAACCCGGAGGCUGGGUUCUUCGGAGUGGCUCCAGGUUAGGAAGAAAAAAUAUAUUAUUUUUGAAAAGGCUCUUAAUAGUUAAUGGAUCAAGUUGAAACGUUGGAAAAUCGAUUAAGAAGAAAAGGGCGCAUAAAUCAGGUUAGGGAGCACGGUAAACUUGGAGAGACCAGACUAGUACUCUCAUCGUUCUACACACUGUCUAACAAAGAAUUUAAUCACUUUGCGAUUGGAAAUUUCCUGAAACAAUUUUUGAUACAUCCAAAGACGUUCCUGAAAGACUCAAUCUGCAUAACUUUCCAGUUUCCGUGGAAUAAGGGCUCAAAGCUCCCAAAGAGCCUAUUUCAACGGGUUCGGAAGGUUGUCCUGGAUCUUAAGGUGUCCCUUCUUAAUGAAUUUAAUGUUUUACAAGUUAAGACUCCCAGGAUUUUUCAUCUAGCACAUCAAGAAGUCCUCUGGCCAAUUUUCAGUUAACCGCCAAGUUGAAUGACCUUACUUGUGAAGACUUGCCAUUUUUUAAACUGGACCCGAUUCCUUAGACUGUAUGUAGAAAGUGGAGAGUACGAGUCUGGUCUCUCCAAGGGUACCGUGCUCUCUAAACUGAUGCCUGCCGUUUUUUGCUCGGAUGUAGCGAAUACUAGCCGACACGAUUGGAGACGAUUUUUUCUCCCGGAAUUUCCAUCUGAGCCCUGUUUUCACGAGAAUUGGGUGACUUGAAAUCGAUAAAAUGCCAGUUACUCAACGAUAGCGUGGUCGCAUUUGGAAUGACUGUGAGCGAAGCGGUCGCGUCGCGGUCUGGGUUAUAAUUCCAUUUGGAUCUUUAGUACAUUCCAAGAGCGACCAGUGGUUUUCAGAUCGAAGGAAAUUUGGUGUUUUGUAAAACUAGGGAAAUUUCGACAUUUCGAAGAGUUUUUCAAUUUUUCUUGAAUGUAUUUUUCUGCUCUCACUUUUCAAGAAAGAAAAAAACCAGCGAAAAUCGAAAUUUUUCUUCAGGAACAUCCCACAAAACCAACGCGAUGGCCAUGGAAACGUUCCAGAAAAAUUCCAUCUUUACAAAUGUCGCCGAAACAGCCGAUGGAGAAUACUUCUGGGAAGGACUCGAGAAGGAGCUUCGUCAACAGGUUUUACAUUUUUAUUUCUUUAAGAAGUAAUUCGAAGUUUUUAUAAUAUCGAUUGAAAAUAAUGGUUAAGAACAGGGAAAAUAAGGAAAAUGAUGGUUUUAAAGGGAUUUUUUUGCAGAAAGGCUGGUCCGAGGAGCAACUUCACAAUCUGGAGAUUACCAACUGGCUUGGCGAUCGUUGGCAUGUUGGAGAUGAAGGUUUUCAUCAAAUUCUUUAUUAUAAUUUUCAGUUCAGAAAAUUUUCUUUUCUUCCAAGCCAAAGUUUAUCUCAUUAAAGGCAUAGGGGCAGUAAAAAAUGGGGUUUCAGGUGAAAGCAGUAUCUUAUACAGUUUUUCUUUGCGAAUCGAAUGGUGUACUCAAAAAAAUUAAAUAUGUGACCACUUUAGAAGAAAAACGCGAUUUUACUUUCCCGCCUUUUUAAUUGAAAAAAGCUUUGGAUCGGCCUACGGACAAAUGUUUACAGUAGCGGUGUUGCGGACGUCUCAUUAGACUCGCUUUUUGUGAGAAAUAACCGGGUAUCUGCUUCAAAUUAAGGGUUUCUUCUCUGAAAAAUUGAUUAAGAAAACCGAAAACACACAUUGAUAAUAAAGAAAACACAAAUAAUCGCUAUCCCAAUCGAAACCUGUGUAAAAUCAUCAUUUUUCACCAAAGAAGCAUUUUUGCGACCGAAGUUUGCAAAUUAUACAUGAAUAGAAAGCUUUUGUGACGAAAAGAACUUUGAUGACAACAGAAAAAAUUGAAAUUUGAAAGGAACGAAGAAAAAAGCGAAAAUCCGAAAAAAGGCGAAGCCUGUUGUCCAUAGAGCAACUUUACUGCAAAGUGCCCUUUUCGCGGGAACUCAAACUUUCCUCUCUCCGACUUUGAAUUAUUUUUUCUCCAAAACUAGGAAGUUCGGUACGUUUUCAAGUUCACCGUUCGUUUCGCAAUGAAAAGCUCUACAAAGUAAUGCUUUGAACUGAAACGCCGUUUUUUACUGCCCCUAUGCCUUUAAUGAAACUCUUUCAGGAAACUAUCUUCAUUUAUCUUAUCUGAAAUGCCAAAAAACCUCAAAAAAAAAAAUCUGAAAAUAUGAGAUUUUUAAGUUGGCGCCAAAACGCAUCGGAACCGUUUUGCAUAUGAACUCAUCCGACCGUUUCGAAAAAAAGGAAUUGAAGUUCUAGUUAAUGAUAGAUUUAUGAACUUGAUAGAUUACCUUAAAGUUAAGAUUUUUCUUUGAGGUUCUUUGAGAAUAAAAUUUCCUCAGGAUUAUCAAGCACACAAUUCUGAACUUUUUGGUACUUGAAACAUGAAUUUAAAAACACAGGUUUGGAAAAAAUAAAUUUUAACCCUUUUCCUUUCUGAUCGAAGCUGGAUGAUUUCAAAAAAUUAUAGAAGUUGAUGGUAAAAUUAGUAAUAUUUUUUUAGAGGCUUGAAGAUUGAAUAUUUCUAAAGUCCUUGUAAUCAGCUGUCCGAGGGCCUUCUAAUGAUAAAGCCUAUUCCGCGCCAGUUUGUCACGUUUUUCUUUCCGUUAAAAAGACCGUAUACCAAAUUAGAUCAAAUUUGUGCUUUUAUAACGGCAAGAAACGAAGGUCUUGAAGCGAUUUUGACCAGGUCUUUUGGCGGAAAGAAAAACGUGACAAGCUAGCGCGGAAUGGCCUAUAUACUUUUCAUGGGCGAUUCAAAAUGCAAAAACCUAUAAUUUUGUAGGAAAAGCGGCUCAUCCCAACUCGCGCUUCACAUGUCCGGCUUCUCAAUGUCCGAUUAUUCAUCCUGAUUGGGAGGUCAUUUUUAUAAUAUAUUUUCAUUCUAGAUUUCAAGGCGUUUUUUUUUUUCAAAUCGAAUCAAUUUCUCACAAGAACUAACCUCGUUUUCAAACGAAGAAUCAAAAAAUUCAGGCGCCUCAAGGCGUCCCAAUCGACGCGAUCAUUUUCGGCGGUCGACGUCCCGAAGGAGUCCCGUUGGUCAGUUUUAUUCAAUAUUCUCCAAAAUAAACUGUUUUUCUUAGGCGAUUCAUAGCAUUUUUGAACUCAAAAACGUGAAAAUUAUCGAUUUUCAGGUCUUUGAAUCGUUCUCCUGGCAGCACGGCAUCCUCGUCGGCGCCCUGGUCAAAUCUGAAGCCACGGCCGCCGCGGAACACGUCGGCAAGCAGGUACAGUACCACGAAAAGAUACAGUAACCUAUACAGUAACCCCUAGGUGAUGCAUGAUCCAAUGGCCAUGCGACCUUUCAUGGGCUACAACUACGGUCGCUACCUUCAGCACUGGCUUGAUCUCGGAAAAGCUCCCCACAAGGUUUUUUGGAGUUAUUCAGAGUUGGAGAUUAUUGUAGGUUACUGUACAAGCUCAAUUUUUUUUAGGUAGAAAAAAAUUUAGCUAGUUUUACAUGUUGAUUUGGGGUUAAGCUUGUUUUGUUUUCAGUUUUUUUAUAGGGCUUUUUAGAAGAUUUUUAGAUUAAAUCGUAGGAAUAAUUCAAGAUAAUGGAAGGCUACUGUAGAAAAAAGCUGGAUUUCUCAAAUUUUACCGAGAAAAACGUUAAAAUCGGCGCAUAUUCUAUAUAUUUGAAGGUCAAUUUUUUAUUGUCAAAAAAAAAAAAAUUGAUUUUCAAAAAAUGCGUUUUUCUAGGCCCCGAAAAUUUUCCACGUGAACUGGUUCCGCGAGACGAGCGAUCACAAGUUCCUUUGGCCCGGCUUCGGAGACAAUAUUCGUGUACUUGAUUGGAUUUUUGCAACGUGUCGAUGGAAAGAAUGAUAUUGCGGUGAGAAUUGUUAUGACCAAAAAGCUUUAGUAUAUUUCAGAAAUGGUUAAUUCAUCAAAUUUUUCGAAAAAAAUGUUACAGCUUUCUGAACGAAAAAAAGUGUAAUAAUAAUAUGGUUUUCGCAGGGUUUAAUAUAAAAACAGUAUUGAUCCUUUAAAAGAGCUAUUUCGUUAAUUUUUAGACAUUUUCUGAAGUUCAAUCCCUCAUUAGAGUUGACGUGAAAUUCAAUUUUCUAUACUCAAUUUAUGCAUGUUAAGGUCGAAACGGCCAUUGGAUAUGUGCCAAAACGUGGUUCCAUCAAUUUGGAAGGCCUGCCUCGUCUUGACUGGAAUGAACUGAUGAGCAUCCCCAAGUCCUACUGGGAAGAGGACAUUGAUGAGAGCAAACACUUUUUGGAAUCUCAGGUAAUUUCAUGGUUUCCAAUCGAUCAUCAAGGCAUUUUUGAAUGGAAGAUUCAAAAAAUUGAGUAAUAAUCAGAGAUCGAAAAAAAUUCCGAAGCAUUGGAAGGCAUUCAAGGCUGGCUUGAGCCAUAGAAAUAUUGGUCCUAACACCCAGUUUUACGGACGAGGUCGCAGCGAGAGAAACGCUAUAUCGCGGGGCAGCCGCGAGCUAUAUCGCUCGCCUCUCGGCGCAAGGUCGCUCACAUCUCGCUGCUAUGUCGCUCUUUCAAAAAUUUUUUUAGCUCGAUUGGGCUUUUUUUCUUGAUUUGCUUUCUAUGAUUCAUACUUUUUAUUGGGUUGUAAAUGAUAAAAUAUCGGUCUUUAUCAACCUUCUUUUACUUUUUUUAUUUAAUAUAAACAAUAUAUUCAAAUGAAAAAAAUUGAGAGCAUUAAAGAAAUUUCCAAAUAAUUGAUGAUACAUUUUCGAAUUCGAAGUAAACUGAAAGUAUGUACAAAUCUGAAGAAGAAAAUUGAAUUGAGGCGAAAGAGUGAAGCUUCAAGUAAGAAUAAAAAAAGGACAAAUGAGGAAAAAAACAUGUGUAUCGUUUAUUUUUUUCAUAGGAAAAAAAUGGGACUAGGAAAAAGAGUAGGUUCAAUAAAAAAACAGAAAAAGUAAACCGAUUGUAAGCUCGUAGAUGAUCUUUUAAAAAGUUCAUAUUAGAAAUAAAGGAGGGAGGCUCGAAAUGAAAAUGAAAGAGGUUUUGAAAAAAAGAAAAAUUAAGUUAAACAAUCAGAUUGACCCUAAGUUCCCUUAAAAAAAUGUUACUGUAAGCUUUGACUCGAUAGUUUUCGGCAUAUCCUUCAUUUGCUGCGUCAAGAACUUUUCUAAAUGAUAAAAUCGGUAAAAAAAGAAAAAAAUACUGAAAAAAAGUCCAACCUUGAAUAAGAGAAUAACUCACAGGAGCGACUGUAUCAAGACAGCAGUACGUGCUUUCUCGAAAUCAUGCCUCAUUUCUUCUUUUUCCUUACCCAUCGACGCCAAAGUGAAAAUCAUAUCUUCAAGUAAAAAAAUGGAUAUACUGUUUCAAAAAAAUAGUUUACCAAGAAUCUUAUUGAUUGUAUCCAAAAGCAAAGUUUCGGCGCCAUCUCCCACGGAUCUUUCUUGACUUUUACUGAUUGAAAAAAAAAAUGUUAGAUGCCAUUUUGAAGUACUAAUAACCUGAAAUUCUUGGUUAAAACAUGAAAAAAAAAAAUGCGAAAAAAAGGACUUUCAAAUUCAAGAAAGGUGUGCAGUUCCGUCAAAAAUAUAUACAAAAACGCUUUUUAUCACAACUUUCUUUAAUGGGAUUUCACCCUUUUUGAAACUCUCUGGAAAUAUGAUGACUGUUGAUUGUAACACCGUGGUGAAAAACUUAGAAACACAGCUGAAAAACGUUUCAGAAAGAUUGAGCUCUAUACGAGGAAGUUGUGAGCGAAAAAAAUAUUUUUUUCCUUUUCUGACGGUACUGUAUGAGCGUUACAUUAGUUGUAAAAUUAACAUUUUAGAAAUAUUAAGUGAAAAAAAUAGACAUAAAAAAAUCAGAGAGAAUAUAACACACGAAAAAAAUAAAAACAAUUCAAGUAAAAAUUUUGAUGGCACGUAAAUAGUGACCAAUCAAUAAUCCGCGACCUCGCGCCGAUAUCGCGCCGGGAGUUUGCUAGAGCUGAGCGAGAUGGCAGCGAGAUAUGUCGCUGCUAUGUCGCGCCACUCUCGCUGCGAUAUAGUCCACGAAACUGGGUGAACACGAUAACGCACGAGACAGUGCAUGGAUCGUGGAGAGUGCACAGGCCACGCCCCAAGCUAGCCGUGAACCAGCUAUGUAGCCUUUUGAAAAGGAUCACCGCGAUUUUUUUGAGGCUCAAAUUCUUAAAUUUUCAUUUGAAAAAGAAAUAUAUAUUACAUAAACUUUUCAGGUCGGCUCGGACCUUCCCUCCGAAAUCCAACAGGAGCUGGACAACCUCGAGAAACGCAUCCACGCCUUGUAA